UUCUCAACGUGUUUAAAGAGCUUUGUGCACCAGAGUCUCAGCUGCUCAUGUACAAUGAUAGCAACACUAUGGGCUGGUUCCCCCCAAAGCUCAGCGUGGAGAAGGAUAAGUACUUCCUGUUUGGGAUUCUGUGUGGCUUGGCCUUCAACAACACAUCCGUAGUGCAUCUGCCUUUUCCUUUAGCCCUGUUCAAGAAACUUCUCAAUGUCAAACCGUCUCUAGAAGACUUGAUAGAGUUUAGUCCGGUUCUUGGCAAGAGUUUGCAGUACAUCCUGGACUACAGCGAUGAUGUUAAGAAAAUGGAUACGUACUUCACGGUUAGUUUGCUUGAUUCUCAUGUCAUUUGCAUAAAACAUGCACAAACCAUCUCCAUAUAAGGGCUCUCUGUACUCUAAAGGCUGAGGCGUGCUCUUAAGGUUCUCAUAAACUAGUUCAAAUACAGGAAACACCUUUUGUACUUUUAUACAGACCCAAAUUACAGACUCAU